ACGCGCGCGUGCCCAACGGCCGCUUCAGUUAGUUCCGGCACCGCCCCGCAGCGAAGGCUGCACAGCAGGACUGUCCCGCGCGCCAUGGUGGAGGUGAACACCGGCUACCCCCGCUCCCUGCCGGGAGCGCUGAAAAUCGCCCGCCUGGUUGUUGCAUUUGUAACAUUCAUCUGUUUUGCUGCCUCGAAAUCCCAUGAAGCCUUUAUAGCACUUGCAAUCAUGGAAUUUGUCAUCACUUUGUUAUUCUUUGGGCUAUACUUGCUAAAACUAGAUAAAAAGAUGAAAUUCUUAUUUUGGCCUUUAGCUGAUAUUUUCAACUCAUUGAUUGCAGUUUUGUUCUUUAUCAUUGUGUGCCUGUGUGCAAUAAUAAUCAAGACCACGACUGGGACUCUGGUUGGAGGAGUCUUUGGUCUUCUGUUGGUUGUUCUUUGUAUUGCAGAUUCUGUUCUUCUUUUCAAGAAGAUUACAUUUAAUAAGCCAAGAGGAAGGAAUGUUAUUACCAGAUAAGAAUGACCAAUUUACCAAAAGACUGAUUUAUUCUCCACUUUAAAUGCCUAUUGAUUAAUAGGAUACUUGUUUCAUUCUUAGCCUAUGUAUUUUUCUUAAAGGGUUUAACAUGUUCAUCUUAGAAUUACAAUAUUUUCCUGUGUGUUUUUUUUAAGUAGUUUACUUUUUCACACAUUAACGUUCUUUAAAUUCCUAUGUAUUUUUCUAGACCACACAUUUUUACCAGUGUUGACUUUAAAUAUUGUCCUAUGUGUUUUGGUAAACUUGAUACAUUUUCACUUGUUAAAAAAUCUAAUUUUCUACAGAAGUGCUUAUAUAAUAAAAUUGAAAAUACAAA